AUGACUUCUACACUCACCGACCUUGAUGAGAAACUCCGCCGGGCCCUUUGUGACCAUCCCCGGCAUUUCGACAACAGAUUUACCGCCGAUGCCAGAACCAACCUCUUCGAGACACUUUUUCGCGCUCUCACAGCCGACCGACCGGAAUACCUGAGAGCGUUAUUCCCGAACGGAUUCCCCGACUCCUACAAGUUGCAAGAUGCCCAAGAUGUGGAAGAGGAGCCUGAAUAUAGCGCUAGUGCUCGUGGGACCCUAUGUGGCCACAUCUUUAAGCCAGCCGAGGUAACAUACCACUGUGAGACUUGCACAGAUGACCCAACAGCCGUUCUAUGCUCUCGUUGUUUUGCUGCGAGUGACCAUGAUGGCCACCAGCUCAAUAUCAGUAUAAGCGCAGGCAACUCUGGUUGCUGCGACUGCGGCGAUGAAGAGGCGUGGAAGCGACCGGUCCACUGUGCCAUUCAUACAGCCACUGACGACUUUGUCUCUGCUGAUUCAUAUGUCUCUGCGCUCCCACAGGAUCUUCAGGCAUCAAUCCGGUUGACAAUUUCGAGAAUCCUGGAUUACUUUUGCGACGUUAUCGGCUGCUCUCCGGAACACCUGCGCUUGCCAAAAUCUAUAGAGUCGAUCAAGGAAGACGAGACUCGGAGUAGACUCUCGCCUGAGGACUAUGUGUCAGGAGAUGAAGAAGAGGCAAACCCAGAAUUCUGCCUGUUGGUCUGGAAUGACGAGAAGCACACGGUGCGAGAAGUCCGAGACCAGGUAGCUCGAGCAUGUGGGGAGCGCAUUCAAUUUGGCUUGAACAAGGCCAAUGAAGCCAACGACAUUGGCCGCAGCGUCGUGCGCCACUCGAGAGACCUGAAGCAACUUACAAAGAUGGCCAAGAUCAUUGAGCAGAUCAAGAUCACGGUUACCAUUCGAUCCUCCAGAGAUACGUAUCGAGAACAGAUGUGUGGAACAAUCAUCGAAUGGCUGAGUGAUAUUGCUGGGUGCUCAAUUGGCGGUGAUCACCAUAUACUCCGCAGGACAAUCUGCGAGGAACUCCUCCAGGUGUGGCGGGUAGGAAGCCAAGCAUCAAACGCACAGACAGGUCGUGAUAGCAUCGACCAGCAUGGUCUUGAACAGAGCCGGAACGAAUUUCGACACGUCCGGCGGAGAUGGGCUCUGUCCGUUGAUCCUAUUCAAUUGGUUCUUCAGCCCGCAUUAAUUCAGCAAGUCGAAGCUGUAAUGGAUGAUGAUGAUGACAGCGAUGAGGCUGACGGCAUCGAAAUCGAAGAGGUUGACGAGGAUCUAAUUGGUGUUGGCGAGGAUGACCAAGGAAGAACUAUCCUUCAAACAACUACCUUCGAGAUUCAGCAUCCUGGACCAGAUGGCCAUGAGCCAAUUGGAGAUCCAGACGCUACCGAUGACGCCGACGAGAUGGAUACGGACGGCGAUGGCGAAUUUAUGGACGUUGGGGAGCGGAUCGAAGGCGAUGAGCUUUCGCCUCCAGCCGAUGGAGGUGUCGACACUGGUGCAUUAGCGACUCCGACUCCUCCACGACGCGCAGAUACCGACCCACGGCCCCGUGAUCGGAACGUCAACUUCAUGCACGUCCCAAAGGUGCACAGUCGAUCUACGAAACCAGUUCAGGAGGGUCCUCCGGCUUACUGGCUAAUGCCUAAUCCAGAACUGGCUCCUGCUGGAGAGAUACCAGAUCACGAAGAUCUCAGAAAGAGUAUUCGCCUAGACUACAUGAUCGUAUACGACCUCCGCUUAUGGAAGAGCGCGCGGAUAGGUCUGCGAGAUCUCUACAUCAGCACGGUUGUCAAGAUUCCGGAAUUCAAACGGAUCCUAGGACUUCGUUUCUCCGGCCUUUAUACAACACUUGCCCAACUCUAUCUUAUUGCAGAUCGAGAGCCAGAUCACUCUAUCGUCAAUCUCUCUCUCCAGAUCCUGACUACCCCUUCGAUAUGUCAGGAGCGAAUCGAGAAAGGCAACUUUUUGACAAGUGUCAUGGCUAUACUGUACACCUUCCUGACCAAUCGUCAAGUGGGCUAUCCAGAAGAAGUUGAUUCCACUGCUACCUUGUCCUUUGACCCCGGUGCCGUGGCAAAUCGACGGCUUUUCCAUUUCUUCAGCGAUUUGCGAUAUUUCCUGGCUUCAGAGCACGUGCAGAACAAGAUUCGAAGCGACGUGCGUUACCUCUCUCAGUAUCUCGACCUGAUGAAGCUACUGCAGGGUAUUUGUCCCAAUGUUCGAGCAGUCGGUGAGCAUGUCGAGUACGAAACCGAUACCUGGAUUAGUGCAUCGGUUCUAACGAGAGAAUCUAACAAGCUCUGUCGAGUGUUUGCCGAAACAUACCAGAACUCGUUGGUCAAGCCUGGCUCAGAGGAUUCAGAGCUCUGUGAUGCUAUCUCACUCACGGCAGGGUUAACCUUGAUGAAUGCGGUUGGAUUGGAACGGAGACGUUUUGAACAAAGCGAGAUAAAGACUCUGGUGCGAUUCCACCAAACGAGCCAUCGGGUUGUCAAAUUUUCUGUUGCGCAAGGUGCCCUAAGUUUCCACCAUCCUCUCCACUACACGCUUUCUUGGUUGCUCGAGAUCGGCAAGGACUCUGCAGCCUCCAUCCGAGCGUUGAAAGCAUCUGCGCAAAACAUUGCGACCAAAAUUGCCGAAGCACCGAUUGCACAGCAAGAUAUUGCGAUCAAGUCCUCCAUUACCUCAGCAGAAGACGCUCUCCUGGCCAUGUUUGACUACCCGCUCAGAGUUUGUGCCUGGCUUGCACAGAUGAAGGCGAACAUGUGGGUUAGGAAUGGCAUGAGCCUGCGCCACCAAAUGGGCCAAUACAAAAGUGUGCCGUAUCGAGAUGUUGCCCAUCAGCGAGACAUGUUUCUCCUGCAAACGGCCCUGGUGGCUUGUGACCCAGCCCGCGUCCUAGCUUCAAUGGUUGAUCGCUUUGGCUUGACCGAUUGGAUGUCGGGCAAGUAUGCUCCUGUGGCCGACUGCGAUGAUGUGCAAAUGGUUGAUCUCGCGGAAGAUCUCAUCUACUUGCUUAUCAACCUUCUCUCUGAUCGCGACACUCUUACUUCGGUCACUGGAAGUCCAGAUUCGUCAUUGAACACAGUUCGCAAAGAGAUCGCACAUUCGCUCUGCUUCAAGCCAUUGUCGUAUUCUGAUCUGACUGCUCGGCUCACCGAGCGCGUACAAGAUCAUGAGAAGCUACAAGAAAUUCUGGAGAGCAUGACCAAGUAUCGCCCUCCAGAAGGACUUCAUGACACGGGCUUGUUCGAGCUGAGAGAAGAGUACCUCCAAGAGCUUGAUCCGUACAACUCACACUUUUCAAAGAACCAGCGAGACGAGGCCGAGAACAUCUACAAGAAGUGGCUCGGAAAGAAACUCAAGAAGGAUCCUGAGGACGUGGUUCUUGAGCCCAAGCUACACAAGAUCACCAGUGAAGGAUACCAAGAACUUCCUGGAGUAUGCCAGACAAACUUGUUUGGCGAGAUAAUCUUUCGCAGCCUGAUGUUUGUUGCUGACGGCUACACAACUCGGACUGGGGUAUCAGCAACACGAGCAGAAUCCUUCUUGCAAAUCGUGCUCCAGUUGGCGCUGAUUGCAACUUUGGAAGACAAAUCGAGUGAGGAUACACUCGGCUCUGAACGUUCGUCGUUCGUCUACAACUCUGGCCUGUCGUCCUACCCAGACGAAUACGAUGUGCCUUCUACUGUUGUCAAGGUCAUGCAUAGAAUAUGGGGAAUGGACGAGUACUCGGCAUGUCGGAGCAAGAUCAGACACAUCUUACGACUGUUUAAUCAAAAACGUCCUGGAGCCUUCUCUGUGGCAACCCAAGGUUUGGACUUUCCCUCGGGCCGCUUCGAUACAGCCUCGCCUGCCAAUUUUGAGAACGAACUCGAAGAAAAGAAGAAAGCUUCUGCUGAAAGGAAAGCAAGAGUUAUGGCUUCUUUCCAACAACAGCAACAAAGUUUUAUGGACCAACAAGGACGUUUCGAUUGGGACGAUGAAGAACUCGACAGUCCGGAUGCCGAGUUGCCAAGCUCGACCGAGUCACGGACAUGGAAGUUCCCAUCUGGUCUGUGCAUACAAUGCCGCGAGGAUACCUCUGAUGGGCGUCUGUACGGGACCUUCGCCAUGAUCACAGACGGUCACCUACUUCGCGAGACCGACCUGGGCGAAUCUGACUUUGUCCGAGAAGUUCUGGCUACACCAAAAGACCUGGAUCGGAACUUGAACCGUGAUGGACCUUUUGGCGUAGCUGGAAACAACCAACAAAUGGUAAGUCAAAUGGAUUCUGCCGGCAAUGAGGUCAAGGUUGGGCGCCAGGGUAUCAGCAAGGGCUGGCCAAAAGAUGCCACCGCCAAAGGCCCCCUCACGUCUAGCUGUGGCCAUAUCAUGCACUUUAGCUGCUUCGAGAACUACUACCAGUCAGUCUUGCGACGCCACGCUCAGCAAGUAGCACGACAACACCCCGAGCGUGUGACGGCACAAGAAUUCGUGUGCCCUCUGUGCAAGGCCCUGGCGAACGCUUUCUUACCAAUCGUGUGGAAGAGUACUGAGCAGUCUUAUCCGGCGACCCUGGAGACAAAGCUAACAUACUCCCAAUUCAUGGGAGAAGAGCUUCCAAGCCUCGAGCACUUCGCAAAUGUCAACGAUGAGGGGUUCACCAGACGUGCCACUGAAGUGCACAAGCAGAACCUUUCCAGCUUUGCAAACAGCGCUCUUGAGUCUGCGAUCGAACGCUCUCGGGUUGGAGAUGCGGACAGUCCUUUGAUGGCCGGAAGCUCAGAGAGACCAGAGCUUGCCCCCAUUUCCGAGCUUGCUAGUGUGUACUUGCGGCUUAAGGGGCCUCUGAACAUUCUCUCUCGUGUCACUCAGCCUGGUAUCUUCCCUGCAAAGUUCCACGAUGGUGAGCAGCCGAACUCAUUCCACCUACUGCUCAGCUCUCUCGCCAACACCAUCAGCGCCACUGAAAUUGCUCAUCGUGGCCGUGAGGCGGAAUUCGGUACCACGCUUCUAAGCGGUGUUCCACAACAGACGCUGAGCCACCUUCAGAUAUUGGCUUCGACAGUGCGAUCUUAUGCAGCAACAUGCCAUGUGCUCAUACGAGGUGCCAUUGAUGAGCAUUUCCAGCAGGUCUAUCUCUCGCUCUUUCAAAAGCUAUUUGCACACCCACAGCUGGGUCAGGACAGCACGCAUCUCGACACCAUUUUCCUUGACAAUUUCAGUCAUCCAUUGCUCCUGGUCGAUCCCUUCAGCUAUCUAGUUGAUGCCUCACUCGUUUUAUGUCCCUUACUGCAAAUUGAUCAACGGCACAUGCUUCAGUUGGCAUUGACUGCCGAGAUCCUUCGGGUGGUGAUCGCUUAUGCUCACGACUUCGACGGACUACUGGCGAUUGUCAAAGAAACUUCAGAUGAAGCUUUUGCAGACCGCGACGAGACAGAGCUUGGUACCUACAAGCAGUGCCUGACAUGGAUCGAAGUCCAACUGCUAUCGGCCAGCCAUCCAUCUGGGCCGGAAACCGAACGCUUUCAGAAGUUCAAAGACUCGGUGGACGCCAAUGGCUUGACCGCACUUGCACGUGUGGUGGAGAAGUAUGCCUUGACCUUCCUGCGGAAAGCGGCUAUCUUCUUCCAUGUGGCGCUUGGUGUAGACUUCCCAACAACGGCAGGAUCAGAAGCAAGUCUGCCCGAACUAUCUCGACUCCAGCAUUUCCUGCAGCUUCCCUCCAUCACAGACAUACUUGGCGAACUAACAGAGUUUGCGCCUUCUGGCGGCGUCAAGAAGCUCGUCUCAUGUUGGCUGGCGGAUUUAUCAACUUAUCGUCAAAAUGAACGACAACAGUCCGAACUCAGUCCCCGAUAUGCAUUCGAUGUCCGUGGCCAAUCUCUGACGAUGAGUCGCCAAUCCUCAUUUGGCAUCCGGGUCCUGCAUCCUGCACCCCUUGAGCUCAUAGGUCUUCCCAAAUACUAUGAUGUGCUCCUUGAGAUUAGCUCUCGCAAGCGUUGCCCGAAUACUGGCAAGGAACUGGUCGACCCCGCUCUUUGCCUCUUCUGUGGCGACAUCUUCUGCUCACAGUCCGUCUGUUGCCAGACCAAGGAUGGACGAGGGGGUUGCAAUGCGCACGUCGAGAAAUGCUCUGCACCGGUUGGCAUGUUCCUGUUCAUUCGAAAGUGCAAUGUUGUGCUGCUACACGUCAUGCGGGACCCCAACCAGUCGCCGCCUGCAUCGACUGUGGCUCUAGGUAGCUUACUACUCCGCAACAGUGAUACGCCGCCAUUAGGCAGUUUUUUCCCAGCACCAUACUUGACGAAACAUGGAGAGACGGACGGUGGUCUGCGGAAUAAGCACCAGUUGAUGUUGAGCCAGAUGCGAUACGAUCGGCUGGUAAGGGAUACGUGGUUGAUGGUGAAUGGCAACGUAUGGAGUGCCAUUGCGCGCAAGCUGGAGGGCGAGGUUAACAAUGGCGGGUGGGAAACACUUUAG